AUGAUGCAUCUUUCGUCUGCCAUUGCAGUCUUGAUGAUCGUAAUUGCAGCAGCGUCUGCCGGCCUUUAUCCGGCGACGAUGGGCAAUAAAGGCGCCGCCGUGGGGCGCACGAAAUCUGGCACCAAUUGUGACACUUCAGGCGAUAGUUAUCACAUGCAGUCGUCCGAUGGACAGUAUGUAUUCGGACACACCAAUGGCGAACAGGUGAGGAAUUAA